AUGGAGAGGGCAGGCAGUGUGAGGGGAGAUGGGAGUCAGACCAAGGGCAGUGUGUGCUCCCAGGACUGGGAGCUGGAUGGAGAGCUGCCAACACAGAAAAGAGCGGGCACUGGGAGCCCAGACUCGGGGCACAUGGCAGGCUGUAGCCCACACCGAGAGGCAGCCCCCUGCCCACACAAAGCAGUGGCAUUCCUGCAGAAAACUCCGGGCUCGUGUGAGCAGAUCCUGGCAGCGGAGCAGGAGCUAGCAGCUGGCAGUAACACGUUCAUGCACCGCCAGAUCAGUGCCAUGCUUCAGCCAGGGGUCAACAAGUUCUCUCUCCGCAUGUUCGGCAGUCACAAGGCAGUGGAGAUCGAGCAGGAGAGGGUCAAGUCUGCUGGAUUCUGGAUCAUUCACCCCUACAGUGACUUCAGGUUUUACUGGGAUCUUGCUAUGCUGCUGCUGAUGGUGGGGAACCUGAUCAUCUUGCCGGUGGGCAUCACCUUUUUCAAGGACGAGAACACUCCUCCGUGGAUCGUCUUCAACGUGGUGUCCGACACCUUCUUCCUGAUCGACCUGGUGCUGAACUUCCGAACGGGAAUUGUGGUGGAGGAUAACACGGAGAUUAUCCUUGAUCCUCACACCAUCAAGAUGAAGUACCUGAAAAGCUGGUUCCUGGUCGAUUUUGUCUCCUCAAUCCCAGUCGACUAUGUUUUCCUGAUUGUGGAUCUGGAGACCAGGGUUGACUCCGAGGUUUAUAAAACAGCCAGGGCACUCCGGAUUGUUCGCUUUGCCAAGAUCCUCAGUCUCCUGCGUCUCCUGCGUCUCUCCCGGCUCAUUCGCUACAUCCACCAGUGGGAGGAGAUUUUCCACAUGACCUAUGACCUUGCGAGUGCGGUGGUGAGGAUAGUGAAUCUCAUCGGAAUGAUGCUGCUGUUGUGUCACUGGGAUGGCUGCCUGCAGUUCCUGGUGCCCAUGCUCCAGGACUUUCCAGAAGACUGCUGGGUCUCCAUUAACCACAUGCAGAAUGACUCCUGGGGGAAGCAGUACUCCCACGCUCUGUUUAAGGCCAUGAGCCACAUGCUGUGUAUCGGUUAUGGCCAACAGGCCCCCAAAGGAAUGACUGAUGUCUGGCUCACUAUGCUCAGUAUGAUCGUGGGGGCCACCUGCUACGCCAUGUUCAUUGGACAUGCCACCGCACUCAUCCAAUCCCUCGACUCAUCACGACGUCAAUACCAGGAGAAGUACAAACAGGUGGAGCAGUACAUGUCCUUUCACAAACUCCCUGCCGAGAUGCGCCAGCGAAUCCACGAGUACUACGAACACCGUUACCAGGGCAAAAUGUUUGACGAGGAGAAUAUCCUGGGGGAGCUGAGUGUUCCCCUGAGAGAGGAGAUUGUUAACUUUAACUGUCGGAACCUGGUAGCGACAAUGCCACUGUUUGCGAAUGCUGACCCCAACUUUGUGACUGCCAUGUUGACCAAGCUUCGGUUCGAGGUGUUCCAGCCGGCAGACUACAUCGUGAGGGAGGGCACAGUCGGCAAAAAGAUGUACUUCAUCCAGCACGGAGUGGUCACCAUUCUCACGAAAGGCAGCAAGGAAACCAAACUCUCGGACGGCUGCUACUUUGGAGAGAUCUGCCUGUUAACGCGAGGAAGGAGAACGGCGAGUGUCCGAGCUGACACCUACUGCCGGCUGUACUCCCUAUCGGUGGAUCACUUCAACGAGGUGCUGGAGGAAUACCCCAUGAUGAGACGGGCGUUCGAAACAGUGGCCAUGGACCGACUGAACAGGAUCGGCAAGAAGAACUCCGUCCUGCUGAGGAAGGGGAAGGACGGCUCCAACUCCGGUUCACUGAACCACCGGGACAACGAGAUCAUCCAGCAGAUCGUGAGGCAUGACCGAGAGACGGCCCACAGUAUUCAGGAGCAGAGGCUAGCAGCAGUGAGGGCUGAACGGCCGAAACCUGUCAUCUGGGCGCCGCUGGUUCACGCUCCCCUCCAGACGGCGGCUGCCACCACCUCGGUCGCUAUCGCCCUGACUCCUCGCCACAUGCCGACUGCCAUCUUCCUGCCGCCUGCAGCCUCCUCACCCCUGGGGGUGGGCCCAGAGCCCGGCCUCCCCCGGCAACAGCAGCUCCGUGCCGCCCACCUCCAGGGCAUGGCCUCUCCUCCCUCCUCCACCACCUCCUCGGCGGCUCACACUCCCGGAGCCGGCUCUCCCCUGGUCCCUCAGCCUUCCCCAGGGCAGGGGGGAGCUCCCCCACUAACCGGGCCCCAGGCUCCUGGGGGGACUAGGCCCCAGGCCGGGGAGCAGGCUGGAGCCCGCAGCCUAGGCCUCAGGACGGUGCCUCGCUCAGUCUCGGCGUUCCAGCGGGGAGCAGCAGGGAGCCGUCGGGGUUCGAGCCCGGCAGGGAGCCCUCUUUCCGGGAAGACCUUCCACUACAGCCCACCCGAGGUGACAGGCUCCAGGGCUUCGCUUCCCGGUCACCAGGCCCUUCCCGGUGGACCCCAUCCUCCCCGCGGCGCCCAGAGCGUUCCCCUCGGCCGUCUGACCCAGGACGCCCGGCUCCUGUCAGCCUCCCAGCCUGUCCUGCCAGCCAGGCCGGGCCCAGCCCCAGCUCGAUCCCCCCGGGACUCGGCUGCAGCCUGCCCCAGGCUCUCCUCCUCCUCCCUGUCUGCUGGGCCGCUGCUUCCCUCCCUCAGACCACUGCCCAAAGACCCUUCACCCGGCCGCAGGAGCUCAGUCACAUCCAGCUCGGCCCCGGACUCAGAGAGACCCCGGCUCCCCUCCAACAUGUAG